UCACACGGCCGGGAUAUAACAGUAAUAGGACCGAGAGAGAACAUGGCACAGCUCGGCAGCCAAGCCUCAACUUUCCCGGAGAUCGUGGAGCUGAACGUGGGCGGGCAGGUGUACGUGACCCGGCUGGAGACCCUCACCCGGGCGCCCGACUCCCUGCUCGGGGCCAAGUUCACCCGGAGCUCCCCGGCCGAGCUGCCCACGGACAGCAAGGGCCGCUUCUUCAUCGACCGGGACGGCUUUCUCUUCCGGUACAUCCUGGAUUACUUGCGGGACUCGGAGCUCUCCCUGCCCGAGUUCUUCAAGGAGCGGCGGCGGCUGCAGAAGGAGGCGGACUACUUCCAGCUGCCGGAGCUGUCCCGGCUCCUGGCGCCCGGGAAGGCCGGCUCGUCCCCAGUGGACAGCGGGGACCCGGAGGAGGCUGAGCUCCACAGCCCGGUCACCUCCUCCUCCUCGGACCGGACCCCGCGAUCCCCCGGGGCCGACUCCGGGUACAUCACCGUGGGGUACAGGGGCAGCUACACCAUCGGUAGGGACAUCCAGGCGGACGCCAAGUUCCGCAGGGUGGCCCGGAUCACCGUGUGCAGUAAGAUCUCUCUGGCCAAGGAGGUGUUCGGGGAGACCCUGAACGAGAGCCGGGACCCAGACCGACCCCCGGACCGGUACACCUCCAGGUACUACCUCAAGUACAACUUCCUGGAGCAGGCGUUCGACCGGCUGGCCGAGGUGGGCUUCCACAUGGUGGCCUGCAACUCCACCGGGACCUGCUCGUAUGGAGGCAGCGACCCGGGGGAAGACAAACUGUGGACCAGCUACACGGAGUAUGUGUUCAGCCGGUGAUCGGACCCGAAGCCAGGGAUUAUAAACCAGUGUCAUCCACCAUCACCAGUAGAUUUAAACAUGAAGACCCCGAAUUCAGAUUCAGCCUCUUCUGAUCUGCACUGUGCACCGAGAAGAAAAGUUUCCCCAACUCAAGAACAUACUUCUAUGGCAACCCACAGAUGAAAUAAGUUUGUUUAAAGUAAAGUUAAAAAGUUAUACAAACACAAUACACUUAUUUUUAGUUGAGAAAACUUGGUGGUACCAAUUUAAGUAAUGUUUUUGAGUUGGUAAAACAAUUCAGUAUUUCCAGUGUACUGUGGCAUCAUGUUACAGCCAGACUUCACUUUUCUGCCAUUUUCUCUUCUUGUCUACAAAAAGAAAUUCUCCCAAAAUUUCAACACAAAUCUCAUUAAUUAGUGAGAAUAAAAACAUGAGGUCCUUGUCACUGGAUCAUAAUGUUAAUGGCUUUAUAUCGUGGCUUUCACAAACACUGCUUUCUUCCCAUGUAGAAGGAAAGUUGAAGUGUUUACUGGCAGAAAUGUACAGUGCUGGUUUCUGCUGAUCCUCACUGAGUUCUGUGUACAUUGUCAUGUUUUUGUGAGGCUGCAGAUGUUCUGAGCACAUUAUCCAGGACACACAUGUUCUGUAAAUAGCUUGGAUUUCCACCUGCAACUCCUUCUAUCCUCCUCAUAAUGUUCAAGUCUUUCCUUUUUAGGAGCUGAUGGAUAAGAAAGACAGUACAAUGAUAUAUAUUUUUAUAUAUUUUUUUGCUUCACUCGACUAUCGACCUCACGUCAUCACCGCUUUUUAAGAUUACACAAUGGGACUUCGUCACAGUGUUAUGUUGUCAUCUCUGCGCUGUUGUCAUUUCUUCUUUCUCUCUUAAAAUACAAAGUUACAAUAAAUAAAGUGUGACAUGUCUAACACUUUCAACCGCA